AUGAAUCCAAGAUUUACUCACCCUCUUUACGGCAAUUUCGCAGAGAUACUCAGAACUGAAGAUAACGCAAUAAAUUGGUGCCAAGAAGUGAAAAUAAUGCAGCCAAACAUUUGUGAUAUAUGCCAUAAUCCAUGCCUCUCUUAUUGAAAUGGAGGAUCUAUGUUUCUACGUUGUACUUUAUGCAAUUUAAGUUUUUCAAUUCGAAGAAGAUCCAUAUUUUCCCAAUCAAGACUCUCAAUAAGCAAGAUGGUUAGGUUAAUUUUCCAUUGUUUCGUCCGAGAACAGUCCAUGAUAACUAUUGUUGAAGACAGCGAAAUAUCAAAAGAUGCUGUUAUAAAGCUGUUUAAAAAGCUGAGAGCUUUAAUAAGUGAGCAUGAGAUUGAAAAUUAUUUUACUGAUAAUCAGCUUGGAAUAGAAGAUGAAGAUGGGCAGGAUCAUCCAACUGUAGAACUUGAUGAAACUCAUAUUAUGACUAUGGAUCAUGAUCCCAAAUGGCUAUUCGGAAUUUUUGACAGAGGAACAGAAGACUAUAGAUUUUACUAUGUAGGCAACGAUAGAACUUGGGAAAAUUUAUCAGGAUAUAUUCUAAAUGCAGUAUCAAACGAUCAAACGAAUGCUACAGAAGUAUUUACAGAUGGCUGAGCAGCUUACAGACAGCUUCCAACAUUAGGAUAUCGCCAUUCAAUUGUUUUCAUAAUCAAGACUUUGGAAUUGGAAGGCAAACAACUAAUCAUAUUGAAAACGUUUGGAGCAGGCUAA